UUGAUGUUCCGGAAAUUCUCGAAACAUAUCUGAUCAGAGUGGGAACUUGUACAACGUAUUUCGUGGCUCGUGAGAGGGAAUUUCUUGCAAUUUUGUUGAGGCCAGCUUUAUUGAGGCAUGGCGUAUGUUCUGUUCUCGGCGGGAUCUGCCCUUUUCUGUGCGUUCCUCCUUCUAGUUGCCUCUCCGCCAACCUCGCACUCCGACGUCCGCAAUGACAUGGAGAAACUGGAUGCUCUCGGAAGGACCAUCCAGGAAGCAAGACUGUCAGACCCAGAGUUAGAAGGCAGCUUGAAGUGCAGUCUGUGUGAGAUGGGAAUGGAGGUGGUGCAGGGUUUGUUUAUCCAAAACAAGUCACAGGAUGAAAUAGCCACAGUGGUCACCAAGCUGUGCAUCUUGUUCCAUGUAGAAGACAAGACAGUCUGUACCUACAUUGUGCAAUUGUUCAAGCAUGAGAUCCUGACAGUGAUUGACAAGCUUGCGCUCAGUCCAAAGGAAGCGUGUGGGCUGAUUGUGCACGACUGUGGCAGCCCGUACGACCCAACAAGCUUCUGGAACAUCACCCUACCCAACACCCCCAAACCACCCGUCACCCCACCCAAGCCUCCUAAGCCAGGUGCUCCAGUGAGUCGAGUGCUGUUCUUGUCUGAUGUCCAUGUAGACCUACUGUACAAACCUGGUGCAAAUGUAGACUGUGGGGAACCUCUUUGUUGCAGGGCCAACAGCCCGGCAGGCAAGGGAGGUCCCAAACCUGCGGGGAAGUGGGGAGACUACAGGUACUGUGACACACCACUGUGGACAAUGGAAAACCUGCUACAACACCUGGCACAGAAACAGUCACAGUUCGACUAUGCCAUCUGGGCAGGCGACAUCCCAGCACACGACGUUUGGAACCAGUCGCGUACAGACCAGUUACACGUCCUGAACACCGUGUCAGACAUGAUGUUAAAGUAUCUGAAAAUCCCAAUCUACCCUGCCCUAGGUAACCAUGAGAGCUCACCGGUCGACAGUUUCCCACCUCCAUUCAUCACUGGUAAAGACUCCAUCUCCUGGCUGUACGAUGCCCUGGCUGAAACAUGGACACAUUGGACACCUGUCAGUACCAAGAGAAACAUUGAAAGAGGUGCUUUUUACUCGAUACUAAUUCGACCCGGGCUUCGGCUGAUCUCCAUCAACACUAACUACUGCAACACCAACAACUGGUGGCUGCUGCUGAACACCACCGACCCUGCAGGCCAGCUGCAGUGGCUCACUCAACAGCUGCAGCAGGCUGAGGACAAAGGGGAAAAGGUACACAUUAUUGGACACAUCCCCCCAGGGACUAACUGUCUAAAGGCAUGGAGCUGGAACUACUACAGAAUCAUUGACAGGUAUGAAAGCACAGUGGCGGCCCAGUUCUUCGGACACACCCACCGCGACCAUUUUGAGCUGUUUUACGACAUGAAGAAUCGUACAAGGCCCACCAACAUCGCGUACAUCGGGCCUAGUGUCACGACUUACCAGUAUCUGAACCCUGGGUACAAAGUGUAUGAAAUAGACGGGAACUAUACUGGCAGCUCCAUGCUGGUAGUGAACCAGCAGACUUACAUCAUGAACCUGACAGAAGCCAACCUGACAGACAAACCAAACUGGCAGCUGGAGUAUGACACUAAGGAGGCCUAUAACAUGUCGUCAAUGACUCCUGCAGACUGGGACAAGUUUGUUCAGAGGCUGGAGAAAGACGAUAAACUCUUCCAGACGUUCUACAGGUAUUACUACAAGUCCUACCCAGCUGAAGCCUGUGAUCAGAAGUGCAGGACUGCCCUCAUCUGUGACCUGAAGACGGCUCGCAGCGACGACCCCAGCAUGUGCACUUUGACCCCCGAGGUCACAUGGAGGGACCUGCAGAACUAUCGGACAGCCAACAGACUCUGCUGAGGUGCAAUAUUCUCAGGACAAAAUUUCUAGUCUCAGAACAAAUUUUUUAUAGGGUUUCUAUUGUAGAAUUUCGUCUUCAUCGUCUCCUUUGCUUCAAAGUUCAUUGGUCACCGAUGAUUCUACCAGGUCAUUUGCUGCCCUCCACUCUUUAUUUUUUUGUGGGGAUCCACUUCAGCGUUUUGAGCAGGGCCUUACAGGAUAAUAUUUUAAUGCUUCUACAGUUAAGUGACUGCCUUAUAUAAUAACAUAUCAGAAAGUUAUUACUUGUGACAAAAUGCAUAGAUUUUUACAUCUUUUUAUUUUGAAUGACAGCUAUAGGAACUGUGCAAUGGGUUAGUCUUCUCUGUAAUGUGACUCACCCCCACCAUAUUUAUGCAAUGUACAGUUACUUACUCUGUUAAUUGAUUCCAGUAUACAAUUUUCAAAUGAGUUGAGUUGAGGAAAAGGAAAUAAUUUACUUAAUUCAGUAAACUACUCAUCUGAUCAUAGGACUCAUUACAAUUAUUUCAUAUUUGUUACUGAUGAUGACUCACCAUUGUGCAAUGAACUAUUUCAAAAGCUGCUAUUGUUUGACUUGUUGUCUAUGAUUGUUAUUGUUAUUGUUGUGGAGGAAGGAGUAAGAAUUUUGAAAUUACUGGCUAUCUCAGAUUUGGUUUUUAGACAUUUCAGAAAUCAAACUUCCCAUGCUUGCAUUUUGUACUUUUUAUCCCAGGUAGUAAUACUCUAUCUUUUAAGCUGAUAAAUGACAAAUAAAAAAGUUAUCAUAACAUACUUAGUACUAUCAUUUUGAAUGGCCAUAUGCUCAAGUUCUAUGUGUAUUUUUAUAACAAGCCAUCAUUUGUAAUGCUCCUGUAGAACUGAUUUUUUUAGCAAUGCCUCAGGGUGGAGCCUUAUUAUUACUGUUUGUUGAGAACCAACACCUUCCAAUGUAUACAAUUACCCUUUAAGUAAUAAUACAUACCUCAUUGACACAUGCCAAUGCUCUCAGUAUGUUUUUAAAAGUGCCUGAAGCACAAGCAACAAAAGGAUCAUUUGUUUAACUUCUUAAAGCUAAGUAUACUUUUUUUUUUGGUACACUCCUGGUAUUAUGUUUUAUUCUGAAGUUUUAAUGCCUGAUGUAACAUAAAUUGAUUGGCAAUGUUUGUUUUAAGUGAAAUCUACUUGUACACAAUUACAAUACCUGCAUCAUUAGCAAUUUUAGCAGUUGUUUGGUAGACAGUUUAUUUUAGAAGAGAAUUGAAGCAAUAAAACUGAAUAGAAGAUAGGCCCAAAUAUACAAGACAUGAGAUGCAAAUAAGAUUAGGUAGCCAUCACAACAAGUUAGGUUGAAGAUCUCUUGUGUGUCCAAAUAUGCUGCAUGUUCUUAUGUUUCUCGUAUGAUAUUCAAUAUGGUUCUUAAAUCUUGUCUGAGAUUUUAAUUCAAAGGUACUUAUUGUAGGAUUUUGGCUCGAAGACUACGAAUAUUCGGAAUCUAAGUCUCCAUUGAUAUUUGUGUUCACUAAUCAUCAACAUAUUUGCGUCAAUUCCUUACAUUUUUCCAGUGUAGGGGAACAAUGUGAAAGCCAUCGGUAAGACGCACCCCUUUAAGUAAUAGUAGUUUUUCCCAGCAGAUCUGAAAAGUGCAAAAGAUGCAUUCAUAUGUGAUAAAUAUUGCUGUGCAGUGCAACAAGGUAGAUCCAAAUUAUGAAGUAGAAAAUGACCAAAAACAAAGACUUUGUAACCCCGUCAUGUGUAAGCACAUUUACCAAUGAUGAUGUUUUAAUGUUUUUAUCAAUUCUACAAUACCCACCUUUGAUUAAUGAUUGCAGAAUUGAUUGUACAUAUUGAGAAAAAUCACUUUCACAUGUUUUAUGAGCUAUUUGCAUUUUACUGCCAUGACUUUUGUUAUUUUUAAAACAGAAUAAACUUUAUUGUUGUGCACUAA